AUGGAUGUUAUUGAGAAUGAUAUUUUUUACAGGGAUUCACAAAGGAAUGCAGUAUUAUUUUUUAUAUUUUCUUUAUUUUGUAAUUUUAUAAAAAUAAUAUUAUUUGUAUUUAAUAUAUGGGUUUUUUGUUUUUCUACAUUAGUAACAUUAUUAUUUAUGUUUUUUGGAUAUUUUGGAGUUAUUUCUGAUAAGCCUUUGAAUAUUCAUGUUUCUAUAUAUAUAGGUACAACAUAUGUGGAUAUAAUAUUAAAUAUGUUAAUUACAAUUUUCAGUUUUUAUAAAGUAUAUUUGAUAUCAGUGAAUAAAAUUACUUUUUUUGAAAAUAAUAUAGUGAAUCGUUAUUUUUUUUAUUGUUUAACAUCAGUAAAUAUAUUUUUCUGUUUCAUUUCGACAGUAUUAAAUAUUUUUUGUAUAUAUUACACAGAACGAUUUAGGACAUUUUUAAGAUUAUCUUCAAAGGAUGAUGAAAAAGAUAAAAUAUCUUUUCAUUUGAAUAACUUGAAAUAUCCCCAAGGAAAUAGUAUGAAUGAAUAUACAAAUGAAAAGAAAAAAAAAAAAAAGAAAAAAGGAGAUAAUGAAAUGGAUGGAAAUUUCGAAAUGAAUAGUGCAGAAGAGAAGAAUAAUUAUAUGAGUAAUGAAACCAAAUAUAAUAGUAGGAAUUUUAUAUAUGAUUUUGAUAAUAGGAAUCAGGACAAUAAUGAAAAGGUUAAUUAUUUGAAUAAUGGAGAUAAAAAUAUAGUAUGA